UGCGAUUUUUGGGUCGAAGGCCCCAGCAUGCUUUGUUGAGGGGUAUGGCAGCGCGCUCGUGAUCGUCGGUCGGCGCGGAGCGCGCGCCCGGGCUUACAUAACAGGUGCGGCGGCAUGGCCGCUCGGGUCUCCGCGGAGGGGGCUGGUCCCUCAUACGCGUCGGUGCUGAACUUUCGGGGAGGGGACAGUAAUAAGGAGAACAUAGAGGCGCCGGCAGGAGAGGUGCCUGACACCGCUCCACGACAGGAUGACGAAGAAGAAGAGGGUUUUGUGCCGGUGAUAUCGCAUGGAAGGCGGCCAGGGAAAGGCCGGAGGGAUCGAGAGCGGAGGGCGCCUCCGAGACCUCAUAAGGCACCUCAACCGCACGCGGAGCAACAGUCCACAUCCGAUCAGCAGCAGCAGGCAUCUGAAUCACAGCCCAAGAAGUUCGUAGAAGCCCCAAUACCAAAGGUCAACCCUUGGCAGGUGCGAGGAGGCAGCACUGGAGUCCCGCCGCCAGCACCGCCAGCUCUCGAAGAAAAGCGGUCGCCGUUACAACCACAACAGCAGGGUAGGGCGCCGCCCCAGCAGCCGCAACCAGUACCAGAACCAACUCCCGCGCAGCCAGCGCCUAAGCCGGCGAUAGUGAAGGCUCCCAAGAACGCCAAAAUCAAUCAAAAGGCAUCAGACUUCACGGACAUAGGUGACUGGCCGACACUGGGCGCGGCGGUGGCCGGCGCACGCUGCCACUCUACGCCGCCCCCACAGGAAGAUUCCACACACCACAAUGGCAACGCGGAUCAAGAACGUAAGCCACCGGAAGACCACCAAGCGCGGGACAAGGAGAACUUGCAGAACCACACAGAUAAGCAGGAUAAAAAAGACAAAGAUAAAAAAGGCAACAAGUCGGGCAAGCACAAAUGGUUGCCGUUAGACAUCGAUGUGAAGACCCGGCCAGGGAAGCACGGGCCUCAGCACUCCUCCAGGCCAGACAACGAUACAGUGUCACUAAACGGCGAGGAGCGCGGACGCGGCGGAGGGCGUGGACGUGGCGCGGCAAGAGGCCGAGGAGGCCGAAGAACAGUGCCCCGUCCUGCUUCAGCGCUGCCCACGCCGCAGCCGUUGUAUCACCACCCCCACGAUUAUAGCCAUCAUGCAGAUUUGGCACAGCUCCGCGCAGCUCAGACAGUGCCGGGCGUCGCACAGGGCCUGGUCCUCCACUACGGUGCGCUGGGGGCAAUGCCGCCACUGGCGCCGCCUCUGGCGCAGGCGUUCUACUACGGCGCGACCGCAACGGGGGCCCCCUACGGCAUGAGCCUUGACACCAGCACGCUGAAGGACCUUAUCAGGAAACAGAUAGAGUACUACUUCAGCCCGGACAACCUUGCGCGCGAUUUCUUCCUCCGCCGCAAGAUGGCGGCGGAUGGCACGAUUCCUGUGACGCUGAUUGCGUCCUUCCACCGCGUCCGCGCACUCACAGCUGACGUACAAUUGGUGCUAGAUGCAAUCAGGGACUCUGAUAAGCUGCAGCUUAUACAGGGAUUCAAGGUACGAACAGCUUUCGAACCAACAAAGUGGCCGAUCCUCGAUAUUAACACUGUGAGUAAUGAAGAAGGCGAAAAACACCAGCCUGACCAACAUCAGGCCCACCAACCUCGAACUGAACGACCUCAAAGUGACCAACCUCACAGUGAUCAACCUCAAAAUGAUCAACCUCAAAAUGACCAACCUCAAAGCGACCAAACUGAAAGUGACCAACUUGAAAGUGACCAACCUCAAAGUGAUCAACCUCAUAGUGACCAACCUCAGAGUGACCAACCGCACCAAACUGCGGACAAGCAAGAGGCAGAGACACAAGAGGCGCCGAGUAUAGAAGAAAAAGUGACGGCUGUUGAAACUAUACAGCAAACACCACAAGAACCGCAACCAGAACCGAUAAACGACCUAAAGCAGUCCCUGACUCCCGAAGAAGUCCCAGAAGAAAAGCCAGAACAGAAGGAGAAGGUAGAAGAAAAGGAUUCGAACGAAGACCCUCCACUGCACGAGAGCAGUGAAGAAAAGACGGGAGAGAAACGACGCAAGAAGCAGAUGGUGGGCAUCUUCCCGCUAGCUACGAUGGGUGGUCCACUUGUCGCUCCUGUCUCGAGUCUACUAAAGGCUGUACCGCCGCCGCCCUUGCCCAGGAUGUUUCGUACGGGCCGCGGCGGCGUCUCCCCAGUGGGGGGGCCCCACGACCCGCUCAACCCGGACGUGCCUGAGUUCGUCCCCAUGACGCAAAAGCAGCCUAAUUACAGAGAGUCCAGCGACAAAUCUAAGCUGGAGCACAGGGGCUCUGGCGUCAGUCCGGGCUCUGAGCGGAGUGACACUGAUAUCUGGACAGAGGUGAAACGUCGCACCAAAGCAGGAUCCCGCGAACGUAGCGCAGCCCCUCCCGGUGCAGAGCUGCCAGCUGCCGAAGACGAGCAGCGCGAAGAACUUCACUUUCAGCUGGACGAGGAGCUAGAUCUGCCGCCGCCCAGACAUAACACCUUCACUGACGCCUGGUCCGACGAAGAAUCAGACGUAGAGUUCACGGACCGCGAUGUGGGCCGGCUGCUGAUCGUAACGCAGACCACGGCCCGUCCGCCCAAGCACGACGGCCACGACCGCCAAGGGGACUGGGCCACCAGAACCAAGAUCACGCAGGACCUGGAGCAGGUCAUCACAGACGGACUAAGACGCUAUGAAGAGGACUUAUGGAACGAUCAGUCAUCGUCAUACGGCAGCCAAACAACAACGACGUAUAAGACCGUGUCUGUGAUCAGCCGCGAGCAGUUCGAGGCAGCUGUACCCUCCGAGCGGCACCACAAUCCUGUUGAACCACCACCUCCGCCACCCAGGCCUGUCAGGCAGAUGGAAGAACAACAACAGCCUGGCGGCAGUAAGGCGAAGCGACCACGACGCACUGCGCGAUUCUACGCCGCGAAUAAAGACCCGCACGCUACUGAUGUUAGCAGUAGCAGGAAGCACAAGACGCGGCACAGCCUGAACCCGCCAGUGGAACAUCACGUCGGCUGGAUUAUGGACGUCAAGGAGCACAGACCUCGGACGCAUAGCACCGGGUCGUCCCUCGGCGCGUCUCCCACGCUGGGCUCGUCAGUGGGGUCAGUGGGGUCGGUCGGGUCGGUGCCCGCGUCCCUGCCCACUUUCCACCACCCGUCGCACGGGCUGCUGCGUGAGAACCACUUCACGCAGCAGGCCUACCACAAGUACUAUUCGCGCUGCUUGAAAGAGCGCAAGAAGCUAGGCAUCGGGCAGUCCCAGGAAAUGAACACGUUAUUCCGCUUUUGGUCGUUCUUCCUUCGAGACCAUUUCAACAGGACCAUGUACAACGAAUUUAGGACGCUGGCGAACGAAGACGCGAGCGCCGGGUUCCGAUACGGCCUGGAGUGCUUGUUCCGGUUCUACUCGUACGGGCUAGAACGCAAGUUCCGCCCGGAGCUCUACCAGCACUUCCAGCAGGAGACCAUCGCCGACUACGAGAGGGGUCAACUGUACGGGCUGGAGAAGUUCUGGGCGUUCCUGAAGUACUACAAACACGCUUCAGCGUUGCAGGUGGAUCCCAAACUGAAUGAAUACCUUUCCAAGUUUAAGACCAUCGAAGACUUCAGGGUGCUCGAGCCGCAGCUGAACGAGUUGCUGGCGUCGCAGGGCCCCAUGGCCCCCGGGCGCGGCCCCCACGCGCGCCCCUACGACCGCACGCGCUCCGUCUCCGAGAGCGACCGCCAGAACCACGCGCACGCGCUCAAGAACCACUACAAGCCGUCGUCCAGCGCGGCGUCUUCUUCGAACAACCGCGGGCGGGCAGGGUCGUGCGGCGCGCAGAGCGUCGUGGCCAGGGACCACAAGCACAAAUCGCCAAAAUCGAAACCAGACCCCACGCAAGAACUGAAACCGCAAAUAGCCGCGAAAACGCAGUGACGUGUAAAUAAAUUCGCUGUAAAUAAAUAAAUAACACGACUGUUACUUAAAUGCAUUUUUAUAUACGUUAUUAUAUACAGUGUUGACAGUGUAUGACAGUGCUAGUGAUGGACGCUGUGUAUAGAAUAGUGUGGUGUUUAUAUAAUGAAUAAAAUAAUGUUUUUGGUGAAGUUCUGGGGCUGCAGGCUUGUUUUCACGUGGAGCCUAGCUUAUAUAUAUGGACAAUAACCAACGCCAAGCGGUCGCCGACAACGUAUAUAAGCUUCUAGUAUGUAAUACAUAACUAUACCAUGUACCCUACACAUAACUAUGUAUCAUACAUUUGACAACCAUGCAGUCAAAAAAAAACAAUUUAGUCUAUAGUUAAAAAAAAAGAAGUAAAAAUGUAACUUAAGUUUUUUCUUAGUUGGCUUUUAGAUUUUAAGAAAUUAAGUGGCAACACUGUUUUUUUUUUAAUUUAAAAUGGUGCUGUGCCGUUCUGUUCUAUUAAUUGUUUCCCGAUCUCUCAGUUUAGGUGUGUUUCUCGGAUUCGUAAGGAAAUGUCUGAAAACGACGAUAGCGGCCCAGAUUAUCACUAGGCACUACAACACUAGUUUCGAUUUCGGGAUCAACUCUUGAGGUUAUUGCUCUGGGACUUAUUGUACAGGGUAUUCCCUAGUUUGAGACCAGGGUCUCAAAUCUGCUAAUUUAUAUAAUAAUAAUAAUUCAGUAAAAAGUUAGAGUAGUCGAUUCUCAGUAGCUAGCCAUCGAGCUACUAUUCAACUGACAUAGCAUUUCUUUGGUAUUCUGAUCUUCAACGACGAGUCGAUAGCGUAAACAAAUCAUAUUGUACAGAUAAAAAAAACACUGACCAUUUUAAAGGAGCAUACUGAAUAUUGGGAAUAAAAAGGUACAUGCUCGAUUUUUUCAAAUACUUAACAAAUAAAUAAGUUAUGACGUUUCAAAGUUUUCCGAAAAAUUGUGAACAAUAUUGACACCCGACGAUUAAUUGACGUCGUUGCAGAGCAAUAAGAACGAUGUGGGGCAAGGGGCGGAGCCAGUGCGCGAGUUUAUGUAUUUGGCAGACAAUGAAGUACUAAAGUUGUCUGUCUAGACAACUCGGCGUCGAUCGCUCAAUUUUAAUACUAUUUUGAGGUAACCACGCGUUAGAAAUUAUUGGGAAUUAUUAACGUCAAAAAAUGGGGAUUUUUUGUUUUAUUUCACUAAUGUGUUCUAUUACUGAAACUUAUGCACAGGAAAAAAAUGGAUAGUGAUUUUUUUAUCACCCUGUAUAUAUUUAAUUUGAAGACCAAACUACUGAUUAAACUAGAUGUGUCAUUUGAUAUGCACAGUAAUUUCCAUGGAUGAAUGAAAGCCAUUUCACCAUUCCACUGAUACUGCUAAGACUCCACUGCCAUUGCUAUAAGAUUUUAGUAGAAUAAAAAAUAUCAUAAUUGGACGUAAUUAAGCAAAAAGGACCUAAUCCACAAAAUUAUCAAAUAAUGAGUUAUAUUACUGUAGCUAGCCUGUAGUAAAGGCUGAUCACAUGUACCCGGCGCCUCCACCACCACCACUUGUAGUAGCGUAGCCGUGGUUUUAGCGUUGUGAGAGGUACUUUUUAAUAAGAAACGAGGAAUAUAUUCAGAAAUAAAGAUUUACUGCCUGCGUACAACUAGAAAAUUCGUCUAGAACUCUCACGAUGUUCUUUUUAACACUAUCUUCCUUUAUUUUAUCUAAUUCUAAAUACGAACCCACAUUUAUUUAGACAGCUCUAAAUACAAUCUAUGCAGCCUGCUACAGUACCAAACGGUUCCCAAAGUCUUAACUUCUUAGAUCAGGAAAAAAAUCUAACAUAUAAUAUAAAUAAGUAUGUCUGGAGUUACAUGACAUUAUAAGUUUUGAAAAUAAAACAAGAGUGUGAAAGAUUUUUAAAU